AUGUCUAAAGAUAAUAAUAAUCUAUUUAAUAAUAAAUGUGAGUAUGACUUUACAACAAUUCUACCAAAAGAGAUUUCAUUUAAAAUAUUCAAUUAUAUACCAGCAAAAUAUUUAGUUAAAGAAUGUUCUAAGAUUUGCAAAAAUUGGAAUACGAUUAUUAAAACUCCUCAAUAUUGGAUUAGUCGUUCUUUCAAUGAAAGAUGUCGUGAAAUCUUACCACCACCCGAAAUGAUUAAUGACCCAAAGUAUAGGUGGAAUUUAAGUAAAAUAUUCAUACUACGUCCAUUCAACAGAAAUUUGAUAACUAAUCCCUCAGGUGAACAUGGUUUAGAAGGUUGGGAAUCUUAUCCCGCCUCACAACCAUUUGAAAUAGAAAGACCUUACGGUUCUAUGCAAGCAUCUUUUCCAGGUUUAGAAACUUGUUUUGUAUCAUCAUUUUCCAAAAGAACCAAGUUUUAUUGUUUCAAACCAACAAUAUAUAUAUCUGAAAUGAACAGUUAUAGAAAAGAUGCCGCUGCAUAUUAUUCAUUAAGGGUUAGAAUUCAUUGUGGAGAUAUAAAUUUGAAUCGUAUGGAUACUACUACAUUUACAAAUAAUCGAAAUACUUUUGCAUAUAAAAAAAAAGUAGAUCAAUGGACUGAUCCCGUUUGGGAAAAAGUUGAACAUAACUUUUCUGACUACUCAUCAGGGAAUUACCAGAUAUUUUUUGAAACAAUUGGUAAGGAUAGAAUGUUUUGGGCUGGUAAUUAUGGUUCUAAAUGUUGUAAUGCAACAAUUAUUAUUAAAUAUGAAUUCAACAAGCCUUAUCAAGACAAGAAAAAUGAUCAAUUUUAA